ACACACGCACCCCCUCCCAUAUCUACAGGGCCACCCACAUCCCCUCCUCCUAGGAUAAAACCCUAGCACCCCAAUCUCAUCCUCCCAAUGCCCAACUGCCACGUGUCAACCUCACUCACCACACAAAGCUUUCACCUCCAUGCACGUGAGGACAUGGAGAAGAGAUAAACCCUAGCUAUACGUUUUCUCCAAGUACCUAGCUCCCUCCCUUAAUUCCUCUCCUCGGCCUCCACCGUAGUUGUAAGAGUCAUGGGGGCUGAGAAUAGGGCUAAGUACUCUACCACCCACAUGGCCCCUCGAAACAACCCUAGCCUCCUCCGUCCUCAUCCGAGCUCGCUCUCCGGCGCCCUUAACGGCUGUCUCGGUUGCCUCGACGGCCCGUGCAUAGAGAAGCUCCUGCUCCACUGCGCCGCCGCCCUCGAGGCCAACGACAUAACCGUCGCCCAACAAGUCAUGUGGGUGCUCAACAACGUCGCCUCCGCAAACGGCGACCCCAACCAACGGCUCACCGUUUGGUUUCUUCGUGCUCUCAUUGCCAGGGCCUCUCACCUCUGCCCGACGGCCCUGCCCUUUGCCCUAGACGGCUCGUCGCAGUCGUCUCGAAGGCCAAUGACCGUGACCGAGCUUGCGGGCUACAUCGACCUCACACCGUGGCAUCGAUUCGGUUUCUCAGUCGCCAACCGCGCCAUCCUCCAGGCGGUCCAGGGCCACCGGAAGGUCCACAUCGUCGACUUCAGCGUUACGCACUGCAUGCAGUGGCCGACGCUGAUCGACGAGCUCGCCAAGCGGCCCCAGGGCCCGCCAGUGUCGCUACGAAUCACUGUGCCCUCGGCGCACCCUCCGGUGCCCCCUUCGCUCAAUAUAGCUACCGAGGAGGUAGGACUAAGGCUGAUGAACUUCGCCAAGUUGAGAAACAUCCCCUUAGAGUUCAAGGUACUCAAGACCAACUCCCCGGGUAACUCUUUGAGCUUUCGCCAACAAUUGGUUACCACUCCAUUGGAUCCAUCUUCAUUAGGAUUGCAAGAUGAUGAGGCCCUAAUCGUCAAUUGCCACAACUGGCUAAGAUACUUGUCGGGGGAUUCACAAGGGAAUGAUGAUAAUACAAGAGACUCCUCUUCCAAAGAUGGCUUCUUAGAGUUCAUUCAUGGCCUCAACCCGACCGUCGUGACCAUGACCGACGAGGACGCCGACUUGGACACUCCGAGCCUCUCCUCGAGGAUAAUGGGUUGCUUCAACUACCUUUGGAUACUCUUCGACGCCCUCGAAACCUCCUUCCCGAAGGAAUGCCCGGAAAGAACGGGGUACGAAGCCAACGUCGGCCAAAAGAUCGAGAACAUCAUCCGGUUCGAGGGGAGCCAAAGGAUCGAGAGGUCGGAAUCCGGCGCGCGCUUCGCGCAGCGGAUGAGGCGCGCGGGGUUCGGCGGGGUUUUGUUCGACGAGGAGACGGCGAGGGGGGUGAGGGUGCUGUUGAGCGAGCACGCGAGCGGGUGGGGGAUGAAGAGGGAGGAGGACAUGCUGGUUCUCACGUGGAAGGGGCAUAGCUCGGUUUUUACCAGUGCAUGGGUCCCCAAAGUGAUCUCAUGAAUCUAAGGACUUGUCCUUUGGAGCUAGGAGCCAUGCAUGGGCCAUGGCUUUUGUGGUUUCUCGAUCUUUCCUUACGAAGAGGGGGAGAGAGGGACAAGUCGAGAGAAAACGGCUGGUUUUGUCUUUUGCUUAUCAAAAGGCCAAGUUUUGAGUGGGGAGAGCAAUCUUUAUGGCUUGGGAAUGCACACAAGAUCAGUGGCAGAGCCAGAACUGUGUAAAUUGUCUUUACAUAUAUAUGUGCAUCAGUAAUUACUUGGAAGUGUAGCUUUAACAUGCUCUUCUUAUCUUUUGUUUCAGAUGAGUUGAACUCGCGCGAAGCGCGCGCUGAUAAACUAGAACUUUAAUUUU